AUGGCGGAGGCAGGAGAGCAGAGCAGUGAAAAUGCGGACGAAACACUUGUGCCAAAAAGAGAAAGCACCUCCGCAAUUUGGCAAUACUUUGGAUUCAAGCGAGAAGACGAUUUACAGACUCAGGUACUGUGUAGGACCUGCAGAGCGGUUGUAGCAACGUCUAGAGGUAACACCACCAACCUCCAUCACCACCUGCUGCACCACCAUCAAGAGCUGCACGAACAAUUCAAGGCCAGUCAAUCUAAAGCACAAAAGUCGAGCAGCAGUAAAGUAACGCUGCCAUCACUGCAGCAACAGUCUAUUGCUCAGAGUUUUGUGAGCACGACUCCAUAUGACAAGUCCUCUAAACGACACACUGAAAUAACGGAGGCCAUAAUUCACUAUUUGGCUAUGGACAUGAUGCCCAUUAUUACCGUGACCAGACCCGGAUUUGUGAGUCUAGUUAACAAACUCGACCGACGAUAUGAGGUGCCAUCACGGAAUUAUUUUUCUGAUGUUGCAAUUCCAAAACUGUAUGAGAAAUGCAGGACGACGGUGGAGUCAGAGCUGUGCCAGGUUGAGUAUUUUGCGUGCUCCACAGACCUCUGGUCCAGCCGGACCACAGAGCCCUACAUCAGUCUCACUGUUCACUUUGUGGACCGGGAGUUUCAGCUGAAAGCACGGUGUCUACAGACACAGUAUUUUCCAGAACAACACACCGGAGAGAACACUGCGUGUGGGUUAUGUGAAGCUUUGGCCAGCUGGCAUCUGCGGGAGGAGCAACUAACCUGUGUGACCACUGACAACAGGGCAAAUGUUGUGAAGGCCAUGGAGCUUAACCACUGGAAAAUGCUCUUAAACAUGACAGCAGCACUGCCCAUGCUGCUGGACUCUGCAAAAAAUUGGUGGGGCUCAAGACAAAAGAUGAUGGAGAGGGUCUUGGAGCAGCGGCGGGCCCUAUCUGAUGUCCUCUCAGCAGACCGAAAAACACGUCAUCUGGUUCCCUCCUGGCAGGACCUGGAUGUGAUUGAAUCUACAUCAGUUCUUGCUGAAAAAGAAGGUGACACAGAUUUGACCAAGGAUAUUAAAGAGAAAAUCUUGGACUACAUGAAUACAAAAUAUGAUGACCCAGCAACACAAGAACUUCUAGAUGUUGCAUCAUUCAUGGACCUCAGGUUCAAGGUCAGCUACAUUAGCAGAGAGACAGUCCAAGACAUCAAGACCAGGGUGAUGUCAGAGAUGAAAGAUACAUCGCAGGAGGAGGGAGAACAUUCUGAGGCCCAAAGCAUGGAUCCACCCAUCAACAAGAAGCUGGAGCAAGCUGUUGAAGCUGAAGUGAACAGCUACCUGCUGUCCCCCACCAUUGACAGUGAGGCAGACCCUUUGGCUUGGUGGAAACUCCACCACUUCACCUACCCAAAGCUGAGUAAACUAGCUCGGCAGUAUCUGUGCAUACCUGCCACUAGUUCACCCUCAGAGAGGCUCUUCAGCACAUCAGGGAAUGUGGUAACAUGUCAGCGUGCAUGUUUGAAACCUACCAAAGUUAACAUGCUGGUCUUCUUGGCUAAGAACUUGCCCUAA